CACGGUGCCACCCGCUAGCCUGGUCCAUCCGUUCGCCCUUUUUUUAUCAAUCGUUGAUAAUGUGAAAUUAAACAUUAGAGAAAUACUGCCGUAUUAAUAAGGUGCGUCUUGCAGCGGGGCGGGGAGGCACAUGACAUGGGGCAGGAUGGGAGGGCUCACCUUCCGAAGGAUGAUUGCUGCAGCCUGCACUGUGGUUAGUGUGCAAUGCAGCCAGUUAAAGCUCGGCGACACUCGACCGCAGUGAUAGCGCACGGACAGCGCACCAGGCCGAGUGCGUUAUUGGUCAAUUCAAGUCAAUCCAGUCGGUGUCCAUCGUGGGUCCGUUCGGGAUCGGAUAGUGUAGUUAGUCGAUGGUCAGCAGCCUUUCGGGUUAGAUAUAGGUAGUGGAGGUGAAAGUGAUUUCUAUCUGAAGAGCUAAUUUCUAGUGUUAAAUCGGAAGCAAAAGAGAUCCAAAGUGAGAAGUGAAAAGUGUGAAAACGAGUGCCAUACCGAUGUGCCAUCAAUUGAUUAGUUGUGACUAUUUUCUAUAAACAAACGAUGAGUCAAGGAACGAACGGAUUACCGACCGGUCAGCCACCGACAACACCCUUCUAUCCGUACACCGGUCUUCACGCACCGGACGAAGGUUAUGAUGCGAACUUUCAUAUCUUUCCUCCGGACUACUAUGCGCCCGAGUGUGAUUAUCGCACGGACAUUCUCGACAGCAUGCGAAUGGCUCCAUCGCAGCGCUCGCAACGAUUUCACAUCAGCAACAUUCUGGAACUAAACAGUCAGCAGCAGCAGCAGCAGCAGCAGCAAGAACCUUCCAGCAAGGACCAACCGAACAUUACCAGUCUCUCGACCUCUGCCGUGCUACAGCCUCACGUACCUCACGCCACCACGUACCCAUUCACAAUUUCUGAGUUGGAAUCGCAACAGAAUGCCACCAGUCAGCAAACGCUUGAUGUUGCCACUCCUGGAGCCUAUCCUGGACCGACGGUGGACGAUCAGCCUUCUCUUCCGUACGGUGCAAUGUCCGCGCAAAGUGUUUCCUGCUUGCCACUGCAACCGGUGCUUAAUUCAUCCACCAUUGGGUCUGGGAUACCGUACGAUCCACCACCGUACUAUCCGUAUUCGCACCAUGCACAUCAUCUGUUCGGAGGAUCCAGUGCUACUUUGGGAUCGUCUGGUGUGGCGACGGAACCGACCCGGUCUUCUUAUUCUUAUGGGACAGUUAACUUGGAUUAUGUUCCAUCAGUUAUUCAACACAGCGCAACGAACGAGGUGUCCAACGCGAACACCCAACAGCUCAGCCCGGACAGUACGUCACCCGGCCCGGAACUCUACUCAUUGGCCAGCUACAACAACAUCCCCCGUGUGGUUAACGAAGCAUCCGAUCGGCUGGUCGCCCUGGAGUCCGAUGGUCCAUCGCACGAUCCGGAAUGUUCCGUCGACACGAACAACAACAACAACAACCGUCACAGCCCUCAGGACACCCCGGACGACCUGGACUCACCCGAUCCACGUACCAGUCGUUCCGGUGGACAUCGUGGUGAAUCCGGAGCCGGUGGCAACGGACACAAGAAACGAAAGCGACGCAUCCUUUUCUCCAAAUCACAAACAUUCGAACUGGAGCGUCGGUUUAAGCAGGCUCGCUACCUAUCCGCUCCCGAGCGGGAACAUCUGGCGAGCAUGAUCAACCUCACCCCGACGCAGGUUAAGAUUUGGUUCCAAAACCAUCGCUACAAGACGAAGCGUGCGCAGACGGAGAAAAGCUCUUGCUACGGUACGCCGAACGUGCUGGGUGCGAGUCCACCGAAGAAGAUUAAUCCUCCGGUGUUGGUGCGCGAUGGGAAACCGUGCCAGGAUGUGCUGUCGCAUCAGCACCAUCAUCAACAGCAGCAGCAACAGCAGCAAGUACAGCAAGGUCAAGCUCAUCAACAUGCAGCACCGGCAGCACACUUUCAUCAUUCGUCGUUCGGAGCGGUGCAUGGGCCCGGUUUGCAACCGCCCGGAAGUGGAAUGCUUCCCGGUUCUUCGCCCCGCAUGUGGUGACGCAAACGGUGGGAUUAGUUGGCCGGGACAGUUUCGUUGUUUAUUCGAAUAAAGAGUGCAAUAUAAAUAAUUAAAACA